AUGGGUGACAAUCCCUUUAACACGUCGAUAGAGGAUUCUGCCAGUGAUGAUGAGACUCGCAAUAUGUUCAGAGCGACGGCUGAAGCACUGUCGAAGCCUAAUCCAUCGCUUGAGUUUUGUACUUUAACAGUGGAGGAAACACUAGAAAGGCUAGAUUCUAACGGCAAAGAUGGUUUGAGCUCACUCGAGGAGGCUAGUAGAAGGAAACUGGCCCACGGGCCGAAUGAAGUGGUGGGAGAGGAGAGCGAGCCUUUGUGGAAGAAGUUUUUAUUGAACUUUGUAGAGGAUCCACUGAUCUUACUGCUGAUUGGGUCGGCGGUGGUGUCAUUUUUGAUGGGGAACGUGGAUGAUGCAGUUAGUAUCACACUUGCAAUAGUGAUAGUUGUGACCGUGGGUUUUGUGCAAGAGAAUAGAUCCGAGAAGUCGCUGGAAGCGCUUAGUAAGCUGGUACCCGCAGAGUGCCAUCUUAUUAGGUGUGGCCAAGAGUCUCACGUUUUGGCUGUCAACUUGGUCCCUGGAGAUCUCGUCCGUUUUGGCAUUGGUGACAGGAUUCCUGCCGAUCUUCGUAUUAUCGAAAGUGUGGACUUAUCCAUCGAUGAAAGUAAUUUGACUGGUGAAAAUGAGCCUGUGCAAAAGAGUUCGCAUCAUGUCAGCAAGGAGAGCUUUAACGACCAGCCAUAUUCCAUCGUACCGACUUCUGAUAGAACAUGUAUUGCUUACAUGGGCACUUUGGUUAGGGAAGGUCAUGGUAAAGGAAUUGUCGUUGGUACCGGCAGAAAUACUUCCUUCGGGUCUGUCUUCGAGAUGAUGAGCUCAAUUGAAAAGCCAAAGACUCCUUUACAACUGGCUAUGGAUAAGCUUGGUAAGGACCUUUCUUUAAUGAGCUUUGUUUUAAUCGGAAUCAUUUGUUUGAUAGGUAUCAUACAAGGAAGGUCGUGGCUGGACAUGUUCCAGAUUUCGGUGUCUCUAGCUGUGGCCGCUAUUCCCGAAGGCCUGCCCAUCAUUGUUACGGUAACCUUAGCUCUUGGUGUUCUGAGAAUGGCGAAGCGCAAAGCGAUUGUUAGGAGACUGCCAAGUGUUGAAACUCUGGGCUCAGUUAACGUGAUAUGUUCGGACAAAACUGGUACUUUGACUUCGAAUCAUAUGACGGUUUCAAGAAUUUGGUGCCUAGCUAGCAUGGAGAAUAAGUCAAAUAUGUUGGUCCUGGAUAAAAACAAGAGCGGAAGCUUCAGAAAUUACCUCACCGAUGACGUGAGAGCAAUCCUAGCUAUCAGCAAUGUCUGUAACAAUGCAUCAUUUUCUCAGGAACAUGGUAAGUAUAUGGGUAACCCCACCGAUAUUGCUUUAUUGGAGCAGCUAUCGAAGUUCGACAUUAAGGAUGUGAGGGCAGACUAUAAAAAAUUACAGGAGAUUCCGUUUAACUCCAAGCGGAAGUUUAUGGCUACUAAAGUUGUGGACCCAGAAGGUAAAUGUGUCGUUUAUGUGAAGGGUGCGUACGAGAAGUUACUGGCCAAUUCGACACACUUCGUAAACCAAAAGGGAAAAGCGGAACAGUUAACGGACUCUCACAAAGAAACUAUUAAUGACACAGCAAAUGCUUUAGCUUCAAAUGGUUUAAGAACUCUUGCAUUUGGUAAGCUGGAACUGCGUGAUGCAUCCGAGAAGCUAGAUGAGGGAUCAAUAACAGGGUUAACCUUCGCAGGAUUGAUCGGCAUGAGUGAUCCACCCAGGCCAACUGUCAAACCUGCUGUUGAGCAACUACUGCAAGGUGGAGUGCAUGUCAUAAUGAUUACCGGUGACUCAGAAAAUACUGCAGUGAACAUUGCCAGACGAAUCGGUAUCCCUGUCAUGAACCCAGAGUUCUCUGUUUUGACAGGAGAUAAACUAGAUAAUAUGAGUGAUGAUGACUUAGCAAAUGUUAUAGAUCACGUCAACAUCUUCGCACGCGCUACUCCGGAGCAUAAAUUGAAUAUCGUUCGUGCACUGAGGAAGAGAGGUGACAUCGUUGCCAUGACUGGUGAUGGUGUUAACGAUGCGCCAGCGUUGAAAUUGGCGGACAUUGGUGUUUCAAUGGGUAAAAUGGGUACUGACGUUGCAAAAGAAGCUUCUGAUAUGGUCUUGACAGAUGACGAUUUCAGUACCAUUUUGACGGCAAUCGAGGAAGGUAAGGGUAUUUUCAAUAACAUUCAAAACUUUUUGACAUUCCAGUUGUCUACAUCUGUGGCGGCUUUAUCUCUUGUGGCCCUCUCGACUGCUCUUAAACUGCCUAAUCCUCUGAAUGCUAUGCAAAUCCUGUGGAUUAACAUCUUGAUGGACGGUCCUCCAGCUCAGUCCCUUGGUGUUGAACCUGUUGAUCAUGAAGUGAUGAAGAAACCGCCAAGGAAACGUACUGACAGGAUUUUAACGAAGUUUGUGCUGAAGCGCUUAUUGAUCAGUGCCGCAUUCAUCAUCGUGGGGACUGUUUAUGUCUUUGUUGGGGAAAUGACUGAAGACAAUCAAGUCACCGCUAGAGACACCACUAUGACUUUCACAUGUUUUGUCUUUUUCGAUAUGUUCAAUGCAUUAGCAUGUAGGCAUGCUACGAAAUCUAUAUUCGAGGUGGGCAUUUUUGCGAAUAAAAUGUUCAAUUAUGCCGUGGGUCUUUCUCUGUUGGGGCAAAUGUGUGCUAUUUACAUUCCAUUCUUCCAAAGAAUCUUCAAGACAGAAAGCUUGAGUUUAGGUGAUUUGAUUUACUUGCUCACAAUCAGUAGUUCAGUCUUCAUCGCCGAUGAGGUUCGGAAAUGGUGGUCGCGGAGAUUUUCCUCACUGGACUCCCUACGUUACUCCAAUGUAUAA